AUAAAAAUCGAUUAUUUGUCCGAUUGCCGUCACGAAUUCAGAGUUUUGCUGAGUUUAAUGACAAAUAUAAAAAAUCUGAAUAUUUAUAUGUGCGUUUAAUAAUAUCAAAAUACAGAUACUUGUUAUUUGGAAUGUAAAUUGUAGUACAUAAAACAAACAUCACAAUCAACACAAACAAAGUGAGAAUUAAAAACUAAAAAUGGGUGCAGUGUUGGGCCUUUGUUCUGCAGCACAGCUAGCGUGUUGCUGUGGCAGCACUGCUUGUUCACUAUGUUGUUCAGCAUGUCCAUCUUGCACCAAUUCCACCUCCUCCCGUCUUAUGUAUGCACUAAUGCUGGUGCUGGUAACUAUUGUGUGCUGUAUCACUUUAGCUCCCGGAUUACAUAAUGAACUUCAAAAGCUACCGUUUUGUACAAAUGCAACUGAUAGUACAGUCACAGGACUAUUACCAGGAAAUUUCAAGGUAGAUUGUGAUGAAGCGGUUGGAUAUUUGGCUGUUUAUAGAAUUACAUUUGCAACAUGUCUCUUCUUUCUGCUAAUGGCAUUAAUUAUGAUUGGUGUCAAAUCUUCUAAAGAUCCAAGAGCUGGAAUUCAAAAUGGUUUUUGGGCCAUCAAAUAUUUAUUGGUUAUUGGUGGCAUUAUCGGAGCAUUCUUCAUCCCAGGAGGUCAAUUUGCUUCGACAUGGAUGGUGUUUGGAAUGAUUGGAGGCUUCUGCUACAUUGUUAUCCAACUCAUUCUUAUCAUUGAUUUUGCACAUUCCUGGGCUGAAAUAUGGGUUUCUAAAUACGAAGAGACAGAAUCGAAGGGAUGGUAUGCAGCACUACUGAUUUCAAUGCUGACCUGUUUUGCUCUCACCUUGACUGGCAUCGUUCUGCUUUAUGUUUAUUACACUAAGUCCAACGGAUGCGACCUAUCGAAGUUCUUCAUUUCGUUCAAUCUGAUCCUGGUGGUGGUCGCCAGCGGCGUGUCGAUCUUGCCUUCGGUUCAAGAGCACCAGCCGCGCUCCGGUCUCCUGCAGUCGUCAGUCGUGUCCCUCUACGUCAUGUACCUCACCUGGUCCGCGCUCUCCAACGCCUCCAAGGAAUGCAACGGACUCACCGGUACAUCGGAUGAUGAAAAAUCGUACUGGUCAUCCUUCGACAAGCAGCGAAUAAUCGGGCUGUGCAUUUGGGUGUGCAGCGUUCUGUACUCAAGCAUAAGGACCGCCUCCGCCUCGUCCAAGAUAACAAUGUCCGAACACAUUCUGGCCAAAGAAGGAUCUACAGGCCAAGGAGGGCUCAUUGGCAAUGAAGAGGGUGCCGACGGGGGAGAGGCGGGGCAGGGCGGGAACGAGCCUAAGGUGUUUGACAACGAAGGAGACUCCGUCGCCUACUCGUGGAGCUUCUUCCAUAUAAUGUUCGCGCUCGCAACGCUCUACGUCAUGAUGACCCUCACCAAUUGGUUCAACCCGAAUUCGCAGCUGGCGAACGAGAAUAUCGCAUCAAUGUGGGUCAAAAUAACCUCCUCUUGGAUGUGCAUCGGUCUCUACAUUUGGACCCUGGUCGCGCCGGCCAUUUUUCCGGACAGGGAAUUCAAUUAAAUCAUAAAAGUAACAAUGUAGAAUUUGAUGGGUAGUCAUCCAGUAUAAUAUAAAAUUAUUGUCCCAUUUAACUUUGUAUGUGCGUAAUUUAUCAUUUAAUCAUUUAUACAGUUUUGUGAAUUCUUCACAGAUCUCAAUUAAUCUCUUCAUACACUUUGCUUUUGUACUGUCACUGCUAUCGUUUCAUAAUAUCAAUAAUUUAAUAUUAAUAAUAUGAAUUUACCUUAUUUUGUUUCAACACUUGUAAUUAUUGUGAAAAGACCCUAUGCUUUUCUUGAGAAUAUUGAAAAAAAAAGUUUUUAUUUUUUUUAAGUAAAUACGUUGUCUUUUUAUUAAAUACCAUAAUUAUGUUUUUGUCA